AUGGAAGAAAUUAUGAAUGAAGAAAAAUUCAAGAAUACGAAAAUCACCAUCUUACCAUUCUACGGAGGUGCUAAGGGUCAAUCUCUCCAGAUAAUAGAAACCCCCGACGGCCAACUCACCACCAACAUCAUAAAGUCACCGGAAACCCCCUUGGAACCCCCCGAGAACGCCAUUGACCCCUCCGAACUGGAGAACCCCUCCCUACCCUCCAAAGAAGAGAGAGAUGAUUUCGGCAGCAGCCUCAGGAAAAUACAGAAGAACACCAAGAAAGUUGUCGAGCUACAGGAGAUCGUAGAAAAAAACGGAAAGCUGACCCCAGAGCAGGACACCCUGUAUAAGAAGACCAUGGAGGAGCUGACUCAAGCAGUGGAGAACUUGAAGCUGCUUCAAGAAGAAACCAACCCCCCGGAGCUAGAAAACAGGGAAGGUCUCAGCGCAUGGUUUGAAAGGAAAACCAGCAACAAAAACAAGGCGAAUAAAAAGAAAGAAGAAGAAGAGAAAAAGAAAAAAGAGGAGGAGGAGAAGAAGAAGAAGGAAGAGGUCAAGCGCAAAGAGCAACAGGAGCAGGACAAAAGGAGGGAGGAAGAAGAGAAGAAGCGGAGGGAAGAGGAGGAGAAAAAGAAACUUGAGGAAAUCAAGAGGAAGCAAGAGGGAGAGAAGCCAGAAGAGGGGGAAAUUGAGGAAGAAGGGGACAGUGAUGAUACGGUGGGGGUCAACUUGCCUCCAGCAGAUGCUUCUGUUGCUGAAGCUAAACCUGUGGGACUCGCAGUAGCAGGGGAAGGGGGAGUAGCAGUGAGCAAACCCCUCGCGACAGCAGUGGUGGGACGGGGGGGUAUGGCGAUAGCCCGCCCCAUCGGCACUGCACUGGCAGGAGUAGAUCCUGAACAGGAUCUGGUCCCUAUCUAUGCCGAAAAUUACGUAUUUGCUGGAAAACCGAAACCAUCAUCAGGAAAUAAAGACUCUGCCAGCGAAUAUCUGAACAGACUGAUCAGCAAAUAUCAUCAGAAAUGAUAUGAAAAUAUCAACGAAUAAUUAAGUUUAUUUAUUUGAUAACUUAUUCAGCCAUAACUUCGUGCUAUUCGACAUUUGUUUCUAUAAUAAUUGCCAUAGGUAUUCGAUUGAG